ACCUAAGAAAUAGUAUUGAAAUUAUCGAUUUUUCAGAGGUUCCCAAAAUCAUUGGACUCUGUCCGAAAUCAUCUUGUUAGUGAAAUGAAAAAAGUUCUGAAGCUAUUUUCAGCAUAUGAAUGUUACAAAUCAUGAAAAGUGGCAACUGCAAUGAAAUUACAUGAAGGCUUUAAGGUGAACUCAUUAAAGUUGUGAACUUCUUUACAUAUUGUGUUUGUCUUCAGGGCCUGUCAGAUAUGAUUCCAUUUCAUCCUGUGAAAUUCAUCAGGAUUUCAAGAAACAUCUCAAACCAUGCCUAUCACAAUUUUGAUCAGUUUCAGUCUCUGUCUUCCAUUGUUUCAGCUUCUGAAUAUACCAAACCCGAUGAUCUGUUUCGAAAACCUUUGCCUCCAUAUCAAGAAAAUAGCCAAGAAUGGGCUAAAUUCAUAUCGACCCAGGUCUCGAAUUGUGCAAAUUUGAAACAAUUAGGUCACUAUUAUGCCCAUAUUAUCAGAACCCAGUUGCUAUCUUUUUAUGAUGCUCCAUUUUAUUGGAACAAUAUUGUAAGAUCAUACACUAGGUUGAAUUCACCUGACAGGGCGUUGUGUGUGUUUAUUGCUAUGGCGCGGGCUGGUGUGUUCCCGGAUUGUUAUACAUUACCCAUUGUUUUGAAGGCUGUUGGUCAGGAUUUGGAUAUUGGGUUGGUUUCACAAUUUCAUGCGGUUGCUGUGAGGGUUGGGUUGGUGACAAGUGCUUUUUGUGAGAGUGGUUUUAUUAGCUUGUACUCGAAAGGGGGUUUAUUUGAAUGUGCACGUAAGGUGUUUGAUGAGAAUUGUGACAGAAAGUUGGGUUCUUGGAAUGCGAUUAUAGCUGGGUUGGCUCAUGGUGGACGUGCAAAGGAAGCUGUGGAUAUGUUUGUGAAAUUAAAGAAGAGUGGAUUUAAGCCGGAUGAUGUGACUAUGGUUAGUGUUACGUCGGCUUGUGGAAGCUUAGGGGAUUUGGAUUUAGCUCUUCAGUUACAUAAGUAUGUUUUUCAAGCUAAGAGUGUGGAGAAAUCUGAUAUGUUGAUGUGUAAUUCUCUUAUUGAUAUGUAUGGCAAAUGUGGGCGAAUGGAUUUGGCUUAUACAGUAUUUUCAAGAAUGCAUGAGAGGAAUGUCUCGUCGUGGACAUCUAUGAUUGUGGGUUAUGCUAUGCAUGGUCUUAGUAUGGAUGCAUUCGAAUGUUUCCGCUGUAUGAGAGAGGCAGGAGUUAGGCCUAAUCAUAUUACUUUUAUUGGGGUUUUAAGUGCAUGUGUACAUGGUGGGAACGUUGAAGAAGGAAAAUACUACUUGAAUAUGAUGAAGAACACUUAUGGCAUAAAACCUUUGUUGCAGCAUUACGGAUGCAUGGCUGAUUUGCUUGGCCGAGCUGGGAUGUUUGAUGAGGCCAGAGAGAUGGUUGAGGAGAUGCCUAUGCCAGCCAAUGUGGUCAUAUGGGGGUGUUUGAUGGGCGCAUGUGAGAAAUUUGGAAAUGUGCAGAUGGCUGAGUGGGUUGCAAAGCAUUUAAGAGAACUGGAACCUUGGAAUGACGGGGUUUAUGUGGUAUUAUCAAACAUAUAUGCAAGUAAAGGAAUGUGGGAAGAGGUUUCGAAGAUAAGAAAGGUUAUGAAGACGGAUAAACUUGCUAAGAUUCCUGCGUAUAGCUUAGCUACAAAUUCGAACUAAAAGAGAUGUGCUGCCCUGGAGGACUUCAAGAAUGGGAUUAAGUGCUACUGUGGUCCUGUGCAAUUUAAUGGAGGCUUUCAUAAUGCUUGCACAGGCAUAUGCUGAUGCUCUUCUGCUAUUAAAGAGUCUUCAUUGCUACAGUAUCAAUGCCACCUGGGCUGCACUUUUCUGUCAUAUCAAGGAGUACAGAGCACGCCUGCCAGGUUAGCUGCUUACAGUAGUGAAUGCCUGUGUUCUUCCCUUGAACUGAUUUAUGUGAUCUCCGGUACUGUGACAACAGUAGAUAUCGCAUAGAACAACAUAAUAAAACUAUCAGUCAAGAACCAGAGUCGUCAAAAGGUUCCCAUGCUUGAGAAGAUUAAUGUACCUAGAUUAAUUUUAAAAAUGCUUAAGACUUUACCUCUGCAUACUAUAAAUAGAUCUUAAUAUGAUCUUCUAAGUUACCAUGGCAGUAAAACAUAUUAGAUUCCAAAGUUUCCCAUUAUAUAAUUGAUUGUUUAUAACUUUAUAUCCUAUAUGUCUAGUCCGUGUCUGGAAUAAAAGCGUCUGCAUAAUCGAUAUAAUAACAAUGGAAAUGCUCUUGAUAUAUAUUCUUUAGCUACUGCAACAAAUUUUUCUAAAGUGUGCAUUCUCUACAUGCCAUAAGCUCUCUGGAUUGAGUUGAACUCUGAUGUUUCUCCCACCCUUCACACUUCACUGGUGAAGUAGUGCUUUUUAAGAAUACUAUAUAAUUGGACUGUUUCUGCAUAAAGAAAUUGAGCCUGAUGUUACAUCUUAGAACUCUCGAUUUAGGCAAUCACAAGGGAAAGGCUUUUUUAUGUCAGUGGGUUAAGUCUGGUCGCUCACCCUAUCACGUCUUCGAUACAGCAUUAACUUCAGAUUUGAAGCUUCUCAUGUUGGUUCCUUAUAACAGGCUGCCACAGGAAGUUGCGUGAUUGUCAGAGGAGAAUGUGAUAUUAUUCUUUUAGAUAUAGCCUUUACUUUUAGUCUCAAAUUCUUAUCGUUCUCCUCUGUGACAUACUAUCAUGUUAUCAAGAUUCCAGAUCACCAAGUUAUCUUUCAAAACUGCCUCGUUCGGACUUUUAUGUAUGGCCAAUUCCAAUAUUUGAUAUAAUUUGGUCCUCUCAAGAAUUGCAGGUGCAAUUUAGCCCUCGACUCCAAUGAUCAACGAGUAUUAUGCUGGCUCCGCGAUUUUAUCAUCAUGCAUAAUGUACUAUCAUGAAAGACAUAUCGAUUGUUCGAUGAAAGACCUUCCUUUAGUUUCUCAUGCUUUCAGUAGUUUAAGUAAAGAUGGUGUCAUAAUGAUUCCCCUUUGUUCAAGCCUGCUUGUGUUGGUCAUGCUCAGAGAUUCAUUUCUUUGAAUCUUUAUGCUAAAGCAAAACUCAAGUUUAGUUUGUUUAGUAAUAUAAAGCAGAGAUUAGUGAGCUUUAUGCAAAGCUAAAUUUAAAUAAUUUGUGAAUGAUGACACUUUGUUUUAUUUAGUGUAUAGUACCUUGUGCAUUACAGUUAAGUUGUGCAAGUAUAUGUAUAC